AUGUCCCAGAAUCUGCACACUGCUCUCAUCUUCGGGGGCUUCAUCUCUCUGAUUGGUGCCGCCUUCUACCUCAUCUACUUCCAGAUCCUAAUGCGACUGUAGGAGUGACAGAAGCAACAAGCCAUAAAUCGAGCUGGUAUUGUUCAAGAAGACAUGCAGCCACCAUGGUUGAAAGUGUGGUUGGAUCCAUUUGGUAGGAAAUGAGAAGACUAUCACCACCUUUAAUUAUGAAAGGAGAAAGGACUUCACGCUUUCCGUUCUACACCAAGUAUAAUCAAUCACCUGGCUAGAGAGUGAUGGCUGGAGAAGAAAACUCUAGAAAGCCAUAAAAAAGAGUACUGUGUACAAGGAUUAAAUUCCCUUCUUAAGUUCAAAAGAAUCUUGGCAUAAAUCACACCAUUAGGAAGGUUUUCACGAUUUGGUUUCCUUUCUAAAAAAUGAAUCUCUCUCACCCACCUGGGAUUGGAGGCGAUCUAUUUAUCAUUCAAUCUCUACGCCUUACCCACCUGGGCUGU